UGUCCUCCCCAUUGUCAGUCUCGUCGCGAAUAGAGCUUGAGCUUGAGCGCUCACACCUACCCGCCGUGGUGGAAGUAGGUGGCUUCAAGAUGAACCCGUCAACCUCAAACACCUCUUUAGCGAGCUCAAGUGCUACCACUCGAACUCUUGGUUCAACCACGAUGGCGUCAAGAACACCUGGAAUCGCGCGAAGCCUGAGGAGCAGCGCUCUUAAGAGAGACAGCUCAACGGCGAUGCUGGACAAAGAACCCCAUCCCACCAGUAGCAAACGCGCCUUACUCUCAUCUACCCUUACCGCAGCCUCCACCGAACGACAACUUGCUUCUCUACAGACAGCAAAUCAUUCUCUCACAUCUAAACUACGUGAAACCGAGCACGAGCUAGCUUCAGUCCAAAGAGACCGGCGAUUCUUAGCCGACCGCGAAAAAGCUGAGAGAGAAGCACGCGAAGAGAGUGAGAAAACUCGGGAAAACGAAAGGAAGAAAUAUGUCGCUGAGAUUCAGAAAUUGAGGGCUUCUUUGGGGAAGAUGGAAGAGCAGAUUGAAGAGGCGAAAGAUGAGGGAAGAAAGAUGAAGGAAGAAGCCGGGAAGACCAGAAGAGAGCUGGACAGGAAAGAAAUGGAAAGCGCGCGUGUAAAGAGGGAACUAGAAACUCUGGAGUCGGAACUAAGCAGUACCCAACGAGAUCUCCAGCAAACGAUGGAAGAAUGCACGGAGCUCGAGAAAAGGAUUGGAAAAGACAACGAGGACAUGAUAGAGAGAGCCGCGAAAGAGAUCGAGGACCGGUUCGUUAAGGAAAUGGAAGAUGAAAGAAAGUCCAUGGAGGAGACCCUUGAAGAAGUCUUAAAAGAAAAGGAUGCAGAGAUCGAGGACUUGAGGGCGACCAUCGACGAACAACAGAAGGAGUGGAUGAAGAUGGAGGAAUACGCGGAGAAUCUGGAGAGCCAACUGACAGAGGCGGCCACAAAGCUUGCCAACGAGGAAAAGACCAGGACAGAGGCCUUGGCCUUGGCAUCCAAAGCAAUAGGCAGACAACUAAGUGAACCUUCAUCCUCGCCUCAAACCGCAAUGGAUGUCGACUCGUUGGCAUCGUCCUCUCAACUGGUUCCAACACAACCAGAACCAUCAACACCUUCUAAGACUGGUACCCUGUCCUCUAUGUUGCUCGCUACACCUUCGUCCGCAUCUCGAAUGGCUAGACAAGCUAUAACCAACCGACUAUCUAGUCCUCGCCAUCCAUUCACUCCUCCAUUCAGUAAUUCUCCCCUUCGUCGUCGAGCCGGUGAAUCUUCACCUGGUCCAUCUACUCUAUCUACCCCAUUGAGAAUAGAGAUUUUCAAGAGAGAUCCGGAUGCUGAGGCUCUUGGUUCUCAUCUGGCAUCUCUGAUGGAUCACCUCCGGAAGGUUGAAAGCGAGAAUGUCAAGUUGAGGGCUGAACUCGGCGUCCUGCGUGGGAAAGAUGAAUCAAUACAAGUGCUCAAAGAAGAAAACAUGUCUCACCAAGCCAGGAUCAAGAGACAAGAGAAGGAAAUUGAGAAAUUGGUCAAGGCAUCAACAUUUUCACCGUCCUUGUCAUCCUCGAUCAAUUCAUCUUCAUCCCCUCGGAGUGUCCAGGAAACUAACGAGCUGGCGAAGCUACGUGUGGAGCAUGCAAACCUUUUGGAGAGGUUUGGAGAAAUCAAGGCGGAGCUCGCUGGGCUGAAGAGCGCUGGACGUGAUCCAUUACUCACCCAGAGCUCAGGUGGUCCGGAAAAGGAGAGCGAGGGACAAUUUAACGACGAUUCCAGUGAUGAACCUGAGGCGACCAAACAACGGUCAAGGAUGAAAGAAAGGGAACUAGAGAAUUUACGGAAGGAACUGGAGUUCGCCAAAGGGAUGAUGGAUUCUUACGCAACAGAGCUUCAGCUCAUGACGCCUAAUGCUGGAUUAGGUUCGGCUUCAACGCCGUUGAACGAGCUAAACGGCCGGCGCGUCAUCCAACUCGAGCAGCUGCUCGAAGAGGCGAAGAACGAAAAUGAGAAGCUUCGCGAGGACAUCGAGACAAUUCUACUCGAGCAAAAGCCGACCGAAGACUCCGUUACCAAUCCUGAUCUAGAGGUCAUAAAACAGCUACAGUCUCAGGUUUUAGCUCUAGAGGAGACUAUCGCUACGCGCCUCGUCACGAUAGAAAAUCUCGAACAAGAGCUGUUUGAACUUCGCGGGGAGAUUGCAGGUGGAAGACAUGUUCCACCAAAUACGAGGAUUCUCAAGACUACCGAGGCAGCGCCCGGGGAUUACGAUCCUUCUUCUUCUACGAAGAGUUCCGCUCCGCAACAGAACGAUGACCUAGUGCCAAAGGAAACCCUUAUGUCGGCGUUGAGAGAGGGGAAAAGGCUUCAGGAAGAGUUGGAAAGGAGAGAGAAGCGACUGCUUCGUCUGAAAGAGAUCUUUAAUUCCAAGUCUGCCGAAUUCCGGGAGGCCGUCGGAGCCCUUCUGGGCAUCAAGUUGGCCUUCUACCCUAACGGCCAAGUGAGGAUAACAAGCCUGUAUGAUAUGACUGCCACUUUCGUGUUUAGCCCUUCCAAACACGAUCUCAAGAUGCAACUGAUAGGUGUUGGAACAGAGGACGGACCUCCCCAGGAUUGGCGAGAGAACCUACCAAAUUGGCAGAGCUAUUGGAUAGAGCAGGAGCAGUGUAUACCGGGCUUCUUGGCUACAGUUACGUUGGAAAUUUACGAUCGGUGGAAGAGCAAGGGAGGUGGAGGGAUGAAAUCUACCCAAUAAUAUCGUUUACUUUCUGUAGUCAUUUGUAACAUCCCUUAUUCAUCAUUGGCACG